UAUCCCCCCUGGAUCAAGUUAAGUUUGUUGUGCGAUGGCGACGACCGCAUCGUGUCCUCCUUCCGUUCUCCUCCCCACUCGCACCACCGCCGCCGGAGCGCGGUUGACUUCCGCCCACGGUAGCAGAGCCGCCCACGCGGUCACCACCAGCGGCGCCGCCGCCGCACGACAACCGUUAGCAAUGGGCAUGGCGAGGGCCCUGCUGCCGCAGCGCGCGCCGCUGCUCCGGCGGCUCCUCAUGGCCGGCGCGCUGGCCGCCUCCUGCACCUGCUUCCUCCUCGUCCUCCAGGCGCAGGCCUCCGUGCCGCCGCGCUACGACGGCUUCGCCUACGGGGUCGGGGCCGCCGCCUGGAAGGACGCCGUCCUCGUCGAGGCCUUCCUCGACCCGCUCUGCCCCGACAGCCGCGACGCCUGGCACCCGCUCCGGCUCGCCGUCGAGCGCUACUCGCCGAUGGUCUCCCUCAUCGUCCAUCCCUUUCCUCUCCCGUACCACACCUAUUCAUACCAUGCCUGCCGUGCACUUCAUAUAGCUAACAAGUUGAAUUCGUCAUCAACCUAUCCGUUGCUGGAGCUGUUCUUCAAGAAUCAGGGAAAAUUCUCCAACCGCGCGACAUCGUCAAUAUCGAGCACUGCUGUGACCGGCGAGAUAUCGAAGAUGGCGGCCCAGGCGGUGGGUAAUUCAGUCUCCGAGUUCCAGUCGGGUUUCAGCGACAUGAGGUCGGACAUGGCAGCGAGGGUUUCUUUCAAGUACGGGUGCACGAGAGGGGUGGCUGGCGCGCCGUUCUUCUUCGUGAACGGCUUCCUCCAGCCCGGAGGCGGGUCGCCCAUCGACUUCAGCACGUGGACCAGCAUCCUGGAGCCCCUCGUCGCGCAUCACGGCCAGACCAUCGAGAUGUUCACUUCGGUGUAAUGUAAGCAUUGCAAUCGCCUUUUAUAUGUUUGGAACCAAAGGAUGGCUAUUGUACAGACAGCAGCCCUGUGUGUGUAAACCGGUCGACAGUAGUAUUUUGUUCUUCUAUGGAACCCCGCUCCCAGAUGAAAACAGUGUAUACUCUUGUUUCGUUUUGGACGUAGAUUGAUGGGAAAUCAGUUUCGUUUUCUGUGUUGCUAA